ACGCCUUUCGUGCAUAGGCGGACGCACACCUUCCUGCGGCGUGGCCCGUAGUUCCGGUCACUGUGCUGUGGUGCUACCGACUUGACCCAGCACGGCAGCCGUCUCGUACAGUCAAAGAAUUCUCCAACUACCCGGCGAUAUAUUCAGUUACAGUGAACGUGGCCCGUAAACUGCAUACAGACCAUCUGUUGUCAAAUUUGUGAAGUAGAUUUUUCUACGUCGGAGGCAGCGCAUUUUAGAAUUUCAGGUUGGGGGAAUCAUGAAGUACAAACAGCCGCUCGGAAGUGAUAUAUAGCAGGAGGCAGCGAGCCCGGAACAGCUGCGACGAACGCGCAGCUAAUGCCACAACUGCGACGACGCGACUUCACCCCGAGCAACGCAACAGUGUAGCAGGCGAGAUGGCGGACGGGGGCGGAGGAGGCGGGGGCGGCGGCGGCGGCAGCGGCAGCAGCGGGGGUGUCAGUGUGGCGCUGCCGACGCCGGCGUCGGCGUCGACGUCAGUGUCGGUGUCGCAGUUCUUCAGCGAGCGUUCGGUGCUGGUCACGGGCGGCACGGGUUUUAUGGGCAAGGUGCUCGUUGAGAAACUGCUGUGGGCGUGUCCCGGCAUCAAGACCAUCUACCUGCUGGUCCGGCCCAAGCGCGGCCAUGACGUGCAGGCGCGGAUUGCAGAGCUCCUCAGCGGACCGCUAUUCGAUCGCCUGAGGAAAGAGCGUCCGCAAGAGCUGAACAAAAUUGUGCCAAUUCAAGGGGAUGUUACAGAACCUGAACUCGGAAUUAGCCAGUCUGACCAGAACCUGCUGAUCCGCACUGUUUCUGUUGUCUUCCAUUCAGCCGCUACAGUGAAGUUUGAUGAAGCCCUGAAGCUCUCUGUUACUAUUAACAUGCUAGGCACAAAGCGCCUUGUCGAGCUGUGUCAUCGUAUGCUGGGCCUUGAGGCACUAAUCCAUGUGUCAACAGCGUAUUGCAAUUGUGAUAGAGAGGAAGUGAAUGAAGUGAUAUAUCCUCCACCCUACGAUCCCGACAAGAUAAUCCAAUGCAUGGAAUGGAUGGAUGAUGAUCUCAUUGAUGCCCUAACACCAAAACUGAUAGGCAACCGUCCAAACACAUACACUUUUACAAAGGCUCUUGCAGAAAGUAUGUUACUUACAGAAUGUGGGAAUCUUCCUGUGGCCAUAGUUAGACCUUCCAUUGUGCUGUCAGCUCUGCGUGAGCCGCUAGCAGGUUGGGUGGAUAACUUGAAUGGACCUACAGGAUUAAUAGCUGCUGCUGGUAAAGGUUUCUUCCGCACAAUGAUGUGUUCCAAUGACAAAGUUGCUGACUUGGUACCUGUGGAUGUUGUUAUUAAUUUGAUGAUAUGCGCAGCAUGGAGGACAGCAUCUGUAAGGCCUGAUGGCAUUGCGGUAUACAACUGCUGCACUGGGCAGAAACGGCCAAUUACAUGGAAACGCUUUGUUGACUUGUGCUUCCUGUACAUGCGUUCACAUCCUGUGAAUGAUGUCUUGUGGUAUCCAGAUGGCACCUGCCAUACGCAUCGUGUUGUUAAUGCCAUUUUUCGUUGGACACUUCAUGUGUUACCUGCAUAUGCCAUGGAUUUUGCUAGACGGAUAUCUGGAAAGAAGCCAUUAAUGGUACGAACCCAAGAAAAGCUAGACAAGGCAGCAUGUUGCUUAGAAUACUUCUCAACCCAGCAGUGGCAGUUCAAGGACGAUAAUGUUCGUCAGCUUUUCAGUGUUUUAAGUGCUGAGGACCGAAAGAUAUUUCCAUUUGAUGUGCAGCAGAUUGACUGGUCAUCAUAUGUUGAAAGUUAUGUGCUUGGCAUACGCCACUUCAUCUUCAAGGAACGCCCUGAUGAUCUGCCUUCAGCACGAAGGAAACUCCAAAGGAUGUUCUGGAUUCAUCGAGUGACACAGCUUUUGGCAGUACUGGUGAUAUGGAGGAUGUUGAUGAUGCGAUCCCAGACAGCUCGUCAUGCAUGGUUCUUCAUUCUCGACUUCAUUCUGCGCCUGUCUCGCAUGGUACCAUAUGUAUGAGGUUUGGACAGAACUUGCCUGUGAAUUUGUUAAUCAAUGGAAAGAGAAUGCUCAUUUCAUUUCCAUUUUGGGCUUCUGGAGUGAGGAAACUGCCAGUUAUGGAUAGGCAGCACCACUGUCAUUGUGAAACUGUGUUCUUUCUGGCUACUGCUACUUUGGCCCGUGGUUGUUACUGUUAAAGAUUUUUUUUGUGCAUUAUGAAAAUGUGAUGAUGGACUACUACCAUAGACAAGUGAAAUUAUCUCAAAGAUUGGAAACUCAUUUUGCACAGCUCGGUUUACCUCUAAUUGUAGUAUUGUCUCUGAAAACUCAUUGGUCCUUCUUUUAGUUGCUUGUCACUUUGGUUAUUACAUUACACAAUUUUGUGCUGUUUUGUGUGAGUGAAAAGCAGUGCUUUGCAGUUGUCUACUUCACGUUUCUGAGCCAUGCAAGAUGUUUGGAGACUUGCUGUGCUGUUCUGUGAAAGAGUUGAUUUUGGACAUACUGAAUACAGAAUAAGCAGCUUAGUGUAUCUUAAACUAGUAUGUUGAGGGCAGUUUGAAUAAGAUAUUUAUAUCAACAAUGUCUUUCCUGUAUAGUUUCUGAAGUUUUUUAUAUAAUGGAAACUAGUCUUUGUUUACAGCUUAUUAAUAAGCAGAAAAAUGUUUAAAGGCAGUUCCAAAUAAAGUGAAGAAUUUGUGUCCAUUUUUUUGCCCACUGUUUGUAAAUAAAGAUGGAGUGCAAGAAGAUGAUAUGCAGGUUAUUACUCUACUCUGUGAUAAAAACUGCACUGUAUUUUUGUAUUGUAAUUUAAUUGUGGGAAUAAGUUAUGGCUGAGUCACUUGUUUAUAGUAAGCAAAUUAUGUGUCAUUUUAAGAUGGAUUUUAAACAUGUCUUUUCUGUUGCAAAUUUAACAGUGCAUUUAUGCUGAUUUUACUAGAAGUACGUUUAUUUCCCCCCUGUUUUUUUAGUUCUCUCUUUAUAUGCCAUUUGGCUCUGGUAGAUUCUUUUCUGUCUGCGAACACAACUCCUAUCUCUCUCUCUCUCUCUCUCUCUCUCUCUGUCUCUCACACACACACACACACACACACACACACACACACACACAGUGUGUAUAAUCAAAAGUUCCCAGAACCUGCCGCUGUAAUAAGCAUUGUAUGCUAGGUGAAGCAGUAGGUCUACACAUGCCUGCCUUUUUUUUUUUUUUAAAGUCAUCACUGGAGUCAUAGUGUGUAUACUUAAAUUUGCACACAGUUUCUCUAAUCUGCCUUAUUAAUAUUGAGCCAUUGUUUCCUAAUUUGUGCAAUAUCCCAGAUGGUGAGUGAAACUCAAUAAACAUGUGUACCCGUAAACUUUAAAAUCUUUUGUAAUGCUCUUGAAUAUUACUUGCACCCAAACAGUGUAUUGUGUGGGAUAGUAAUGGAAUCACAAGGAAGCCUGUAAAGUUCUAAGAAAGCUGUGCUACGCUAACUUUUGGAUUUCAAAGCUACUUCAUACUUGCUGCUGAACAAAGUGUAAAUUUCAUAAAACGAUAGUGUUUAUGGAUCAAAUUGGUGGUGUUCUUUGUUAAAAGUAUGUUGCAGUCAUAUGUUGUAAUAUGUAAAACUCUUGGUAAACAGAAAUGCAAAUAUAGAGAUGUUGCUUAAAAAUUAAAAUGUGAAAGUUACAAUAUGGUGACAUGAUAUGUCUGUUUUGUCCAUACCAUUGAAUAUUGCUCAUGUUUAUUAUGUUCCAGCAUAUAUUAUGCAGCCUCAAUAACAGUGGCUCAAAUAAACUUUAAUUUGAUAAUUAGUAAUAUAUUGUAGCAUUCUUAUUUUACAGUGAAUGGUAUGUAGCUGAAGAUGGGCACUUGAACGUGUGAUUGCUAUAUCUGCUUCAUAAAGAAUAAAAGAGAGACUCAUUGCAAUGCUUAUUACAUUUUUCAUUAAGAAGGAACAAGUGCAGUAAAUUUUUAAUACUUUUUUUUUACUUGCACCGUUAUUUCUGUUGUCAAGGUAUUUUAUUUUUGGAGAACAGCCCUCAUUAGUGCACAGUUCCAAAAAUAACAGGUUGAUGCAUUUAAUACGUUACAUAAAAACAUUCUGCUGCACUAAUUAUGAAUGAACAGAGAACACUGAAGGAAAAAUAUCUUGAGAUAAAUAGCUAAUAUAUGAAAUUUUUCCUUCGGCAGCCAAAUAUUUACUUUGUUAGGAAACAAUUAAAACAAAAACUUUUCUUUAAAUUGUGAGAGAGUUGGCUUGUUUCUGAACUAUUCUACUAUUUGGUCAGAAACCUGAAUAAAUCAGUGUUAUUGCACAAUUUGUAUUUAUUCAUUUAAAAUCAACUUUUAAUAUAAUUGCCAAUUAUAUACAGGAUAGUUAAUAAGUUGUAUAUUUUAUUAUUGGGCCAUUUCUGUGGUUUUCAUAUCUCAAGGAAAUGCAUUCAUAAUUUUAUAUUUUCCUUCAUUUUGUUGACAUAUACUUCCAGCAUGUAGGUGAAUUCCAUAUUUUUUCUAGUGCAGCUGUAAAUGAUGUAAGGUCAGUGCAUCUCGUGCUGUAAUAUUUCAAAAGCAUUUAACUUAUUUAAUGUGAAUUAUUGCAUGAAAUUUUUGAAUCUGCUGAUUUUAAUUUUACUCUGAUAAUUUUUCCACCCUGAAAUGACAGUCCUCAGGUCAGAGAGUAAAACUGUCAACAGAGCAAAGAACACAAAGCAGCCCUUUCUUAGAAGGUCUGUUUUUCUUUUACAGUGAAAAAAUCCUUUAUAUGUGUACAGCCCAAAUCUCUUGCAAUUAGAUUUACUUUUUAUUAACUGAACACUAUGACACAGGAUUGUAGAACAUUAUGAAAUGUCAUUGCUGCUGUAAUUGUAAUUUUACUAGUGUGGUGACAAAUCUGAAUACUGAGAAUAUAUGAGCAAAUUCAAAUCUCCUCAGCAAGAAAGAUUUUUUAAGUAGUGUGCUGGUCAGGGUAUUAUGCAUUAGGCCUACAGUCUGCGAUCUGCUAGUGAGUGAUCAAGAGCUGUCACCCACAGACUCAUGUCAUGUAAACCUGGGAACAAUAAAUUUGUGUCUAAUUUGCAGAACA